CUGCCAGAGUUACACCGUUUUCAGUCGAUAUAUAUAUCCCACGAUUCUGUAUUAUAAUCGAGCGACGUUUUCUCGAGGUCCAGUUUUAACUACAACGUGAUCGCUAGCAACCGUGCUAGCAACCUGCGGAGUGUCAUAGCUAACGGCACACACCUCUUCUGGUGGAUCUUCGUAUCGAUAUUCUCCCUCACACAUUUCUCCUCCGUAAACGAGAAACGGGAUAAAAUAAUAACUCUGCGAAUCCACAAAGGUGAUCAAAAUUGCAUUCAGGCACAGAAAAAAGUAGAUCGUAACAAGAUCGAGUUACCAGCUUGCCGUUGCGAGAGCAAUUUACCUAAAUCAGGAAAGAUGACCGUGACAUUGUGGGUCGUUGGUGGUCCAGGAUCCGGAAAAGGAACCCAGUGUGAAAAAAUCGUUGAGAAAUAUGGAUUUCUGCAUCUGAGUAGUGGAGAUCUUUUGCGGGAAGAAGUCGCUAGCGGGAGCCCGAGGGGUGGUCAACUCCAAGAGCUCAUGUCAAAGGGACUCUUCGUUCCUUCUGAUGUGGUACUCUCGUUGAUCAAGGAGAGGAUCAAUAAAGGAAAGGAGGACAAGGUCCCCGGGUUCCUCAUCGACGGUUAUCCCCGGGAGCUCAGCCAGGGACUGGAAUUUGAAAAAGAAAUCGGAACGGUCGACCUUGUACUGUUCUUCGACGUCGCGAACGAAACGUUGACGAAGAGACUCUUGGGCCGUGCUGCUUCGUCGGGAAGGGCUGACGACAACGAAGAGACGAUCAAAAAACGCAUCGAGGUUUUCAAUGAAAAAAAUGGUCCGAUCAUCGAACACUACAAGGCUAAGGUCGUCAAGAUAAACGCUGAAGGCGGAGUCGAUGAGAUAUUUGCCGAAGCUACAAAGGCGAUUGAUGCGGUCCAAAAAGCAUAAAAUUCAAAACAACGAUGAUUAUUAUCGCCGCUGUUCUAGAUAGAUAAUUUAUUUAUUUCACGUUAGGACUGGAAUGGCAUGUUGACACGUCAGAUGCUAACUUUAUGACACGGCUAUUUUUGAGCCUAACGAAUUCUUCCCGCACACUAUUAGGAUUAUUAUAGUUGAUAGGUUCGUGUACUAGUCAUGCGAACAGAAGCUGCCUGGUUGAAAAACUCUAAAUUUCAUCGUUCAUCGAACAUCGUUUGUAAUUCGUUGCACGCCCAUUCGCACACUCAUUGUUAACUACAUCAUAAGACUCUUCGACAUAUUUCUGUUACAUAACUGAAAAGAUAUAAAUAUAUUUAACUACAUCACAAAA